AUGUCGCAAAACCGGCCAUCGGCUUUCUCGAGCCUACGCAUGGGUGAGGUUAUCCGGGAGAAGGUCCAGGAUGGCUUGACCGGCGAGUACAAGGACCUGGCCUACACGCAGUGCAAGAUCGUCGGCAAUGGCUCGUUCGGCGUCGUCUUCCAGACCAAGCUCUCGCCCAGCGGCGAGGACGCCGCCAUCAAGCGGGUCCUGCAGGACAAGCGGUUCAAGAACCGUGAGCUGCAGAUCAUGCGCAUCGUGCGCCACCCCAACAUCGUCGAGCUGAAGGCCUUCUUCUACAACAAUGGCGAGCGGAAGGAUGAAGUCUACCUCAACCUCGUGCUUGAAUACGUCCCGGAGACCGUCUAUCGCGCAUCGAGAUAUUUCAACAAGCUGAAGACCGUCAUGCCCAUUCUUGAAGUCAAGCUCUACAUCUACCAGCUCUUCCGCUCCCUCGCCUACAUCCACUCGCAGGGUAUCUGCCACCGAGACAUCAAGCCCCAGAACCUCCUGCUCGACCCCAACACCGGCAUCCUGAAGCUCUGCGAUUUCGGCAGCGCAAAGAUCCUCGUCGAGAACGAGCCCAACGUCUCCUACAUCUGCUCGCGCUACUACAGAGCGCCGGAGCUGAUUUUCGGGGCGACCAACUACACAACGAAGAUCGAUGUGUGGUCUACUGGAUGCGUGAUGGCAGAGCUGAUGCUCGGCCAGCCGCUGUUCCCCGGCGAGUCGGGCAUUGACCAGCUCGUCGAGAUCAUCAAGGUCCUGGGAACGCCGACUAGGGAUCAGAUCCGCACCAUGAACCCCAACUACAUGGAGCACAAGUUCCCGCAGAUCAAGCCGCACCCGUUUAACAAGGUUUUCCGUAAGGCUGAUCCCAACGCCAUUGACCUGAUUUCCAAGCUGCUCGAGUACACGCCCACGCAGAGGCUUUCCGCUGUCGAGGCCAUGGUUCACCCCUUCUUUGAUGAGCUCAGGGACCCUAACACCAGGUUCCCGGAUUCCCGUCAUCCCAACGGCGCCGUGAAGGAGCUGCCGAACCUCUUUGAAUUCACGCACCAUGAACUCUCGAUUGCGCCCCAACUCAACACCAAGCUCGUGCCCCCGCACAUCCGCCCCACCCUGGUCGCUCGGGGGUUAGACAUUGAGUCGCCCGACUUCAAGCCGCUCACGAAAGACCAGAUGAUGGCUCGGUUGGACUAG